CUCAGAGUGGCAAGGACGGCAUUUUAACCCGGUCGACCACGUAGGCAUUAUGAAUCUGCGAGGGGUAGCCUGGACGAUGGCGCUGGUCGCGGCAGUGGCAACGGCGGAGACGACCCCUCGUCCACAAAGCAUUGCCUUCUCAUGGCCAGAGAAUGACAACAAGAAGAACUACGACGAAACCAUGGAUCCGUUGACGCAGAACAUUCCACUUGACGCGGCGAGUAGCUCCCUUCGCCCUCCGCCGCCGCGAGUGCCCGACGUGUUCGACAUCUUCGUGGGUCUGUCGACGUUCCGAGACGGUUAUCGCUGCGGGUACACCCUGUUUACGGGAUUCACGCGGGCGACCCACCCCGACCGCGUUUACUUUGGGGUUGUGGACCAAGUGAAUCCCGAGGACGUUCGUUGCCUCGACGCGUACUGCGCAUUUGCCAAGGAGCAAUGGCCAGAGGACGAAUGCAAGUACAAGAGCCACAUCAAGAUCGACGAGCGGCUGGCCGACGACUCCCGCGGACCCACGUACGCGCGGCACCACCAGCAAAAGCUCGUAGGGGAUCAGGAGUUCUGCCUCCAGCUCGACGCCCACAGCAUCUUCACCAAAAAGUGGGACGAAGGUCUCGUGGGCGAAUGGAAGGCCACGAACAACGAGAUGGCGGUGCUGUCCACGUACUUGCACCAUUGUCACGACGGGUACAUCCUCCCCGACGGGACCAACAACCCACCCGACCAGCUCCCGCACCUGUGCACGACCAUUCGAGGUGGCAACGGCUGCGUGCGCACCGUCGGCGCCAGCAUGAUCCAGCGCCCCAAGUACCCCCAGCUCUCAGCGCUGUGGGGGGCUGGCUUGAGCUUUAGCAAGUGCCACGCUGAAACUCGAGUGCGUGUUGACCCGCAUACACUGUGGAUGUUUGAUGGCGAAGAGUUUCUGCGGGCGUCGCAUCUAUGGACGUACGGCUACGACAUGUAUAGCCCUAGUACGGCCGGUACAGUCAUCUACCACAAUUACACGUCCGUACCUGCCAGGUUCGAAAACGUCAAAGUGGAUGUGGAGCUGAAGAAACGUCAAGAAGAGAUGGGCGUGAACCGGUUUAAGCUGAUGGUGGGGCAGCCAUUCAAGGGAUUGGUCGACACGGAAGAGUGGGACACGUACAAGUUUGGGUCAGUGCGGUCGUUUAGCGAGUACUUGCGGUUCUCUGGCAUUACGUUUGCGGAUGGCAAGACGGAUGAACAUUCGUGCAAGCAGCUGCACUGGGUGCCAUACGAAAAGCCAGCCGAAAUUGAGAGUAUGUUGCCAGGGUGGCACUUGCACCGUUCGGGGCACGAGAACAGCCCUGAAAAUGGACAAGUAGCUGAGGCCACGACGGCGGUGACGGCCCCCAACGUGCGCCAGGAAAAACCUGUCAACUUUGGCAUCGAAGCCACGAUUGAGCACCCUGAACGAGUGACUUACUCGGGGUCGUUGGCGUUUAUGGGGUUUGGCAUUGUCCUCUUUGGGGUUGUUGUGUACACGAACGACGGCAUGUGGAGCCGCACAAAGCGGUACUUUCGCCUGCAGCACAAGGCCCGCAAUUGACGACGACGAGGACCAUGUGUGACACUGUCCAUCGGUAGAUUCUUGUAAUGAAAAACAAGACGAGGUGAAAGGGCAACA